UAUUCAGAACCUCAAUAACAAAGAUGUUAAAGCAACUGGGGAGAAGCACACCGUCUUUCAAAAGAAUGGUGAUCUGUCAGGCAGUGACCAUAUCCACAGCAAUUAUCUAAUAACAAUAUAACAUAAUGUGCUGGAUGAAAAGAACAGUCACAUCAUAAAGAAAAGAAGGGUGAAAAAAAGACAGGUUUCAGAUAAAAAAGUAGAAAACAUAAAAGAUAAAAAAUUUGAAAACACAGAACGUAUUUGGAAAGAUGAAAUGGAAGCCAGGAACGGAAGGUGAGCUGAGAAGUCUGUGAUUGAAUGCCAGUAGGUUUUGAUGAUUUCCACACCCAAACCAGGAAUCACUGAUUCGCAGAUAAUCCACCAAACAGAUGUAACUGAAGUACUGCAUGACAGUCACAUACAACAUGACUGGGAGCUCAAGUAUUCUAAGCUCCUUAUUUUGCACAAAGAAUGGGUGGCACCAUUGACUCAAAUAAACAACUCUACACUCAGAAAAGAAAGGAAAUCAGAAAUCUUAAAGAAGCAAAAGGAUACACCACAGCCUGGUGAGAGUACCUCACAGGAAGAACACAGUGCCGUUGUCUCAAGUGACCUCCCCUGUGCCUCUGACAAUAAGAAUACGGAAGUCUUAAACACAGAUGAAGACAUUCUACUUUCUGGACCCUCUGGGUUGGCCCAAGGCCACAGCCAGAGGGCAGAAGUUUCAGACUCAGAAUAUAUUUCCCGUAUCUCUCCUGCAGACAAGCUCUUUGACAGAGAAUUCUGGAAGAACCAAGAGAAUGUGCCUCAGCCUGAGUCAUAUGUGGUCUCUCUUGGCAGUGAGAUUGCAGGAGAAAAGUCUUCUUCCUCAGAAUACGUCUGCAUCUGCCCUUCUGGAAGCCAUCAAAAACACCAAGAUGUUUCUCAUCCUGGACAAUCUGAGCAACAUGAGACUUCUUCGCCCUUUCCAUAUGUCUCAUUUCCAUUCCAUCUGGUCAGUAGUACUCAGCCCUCUGAGCCCUCAGUACAACCACAGAAGGAAAGGCUCAUGAAAAUUUACUACAUGCAUGUCCAAAUGAAAAGGGGGGUGGCUGUCUUAAGUGAUUCAGAGGAAGAGCAGGAGCCUCCCUCAAAGAAGGCAAGACUAGAAGAAAUGGCCUUUCCUGAAAAGGUCCAUACAGAAGUCACCCCGUCUCAUGUGUGUACGAAGGAACUCCUAACUGGCAGUGAGUCCAGCUGGAACAGUGAAGCUCAAGAGGAAAAGGAGGAGGCUGACAGCCCAGCAGAGACUCCAGCUGUGGAGGAAUGUUCCAGGGCCAAGACCCCCGAAUGGCUUGUGGCCCUGGAUAGUGGCUUCAGGUGCAUGGGCUGCUGCCGGGUCUUCCCCAGCUUAGAGGCCCUACGGGAGCACGUCCAGCAUGGGGUCACUGAGGGCUUUAGCUGCCAUACUUUCCAUCUGGCCUUAGCUUGGCUGAAGAGCAAGAAGAACAGGGCAAAGAAGAGAAGGGGGGAGAAUACCGGGAAGAGAACACACCGAGGCCAGAAAGAACAUCAUUCUGGCAUGAACAUGUCUUCAUGCUAAUAAACAGACUCUCUUCAGCCCCUGAGAGAGAGAAAGUAGAGUAAACAGACUCUACCAAGGGGCUUUCUUUAUCUUCUCUAAACAACCCUAGUACCCACCUCUAUUUAUACACAUCUACCACCCCGCCACUACCAGUGCACCAGCAGCAACAGGAGCAGAGGACCCCUUUCCACUCUAUCCACUGCUCUCCCAAGAAGGAGGAGAAGAAGGUGGUUCUCACCAUGCGGAACAGCAAGACACUCACAUGCAGUCUAAAGAGCAUCGUACACCAGCGUAUCCUCUCUACCACUACACUGAAAAAAGACUCCCUGGAAGCAGGGACUGCUGGAGGCCACAUGGUCAAAGAGCAACACAGACCCAUCACCCCAAAGAUUUCAAACAACAGUAUCCAGCACAUUCCUGCAGUCUGAUGGGAGUAUAGACGUUUUCAUGAGUCCCAUAGCAUCAAGGGAGGACCGGCUAAAGAUGGAUGUACCUGAUCCUCUGCAGCUGCUCCCAGUUACCUGGAGAAAUGUGGUGCCCAGCUCUGGAGAAAAUAUCCACAGAGAGGCGUGAGAAGCCCAAGGAAUGCGGGGAAUACCAGGCCCUCAGGAGCCCUGAGAGGAAAGAGUCUCUGCUCCUGCUGACUCUCCCCCACCCUGCCAGAGUCAGGCACCUCUGAAAAUCCCUGCAAUAUUGCCUUGUGGGGAAGAGGGCGGUAUUGCUAGAGGUGUUAGUACUGUGGAAAACACAUUUCUCCUACCUAGAGCUUUCACCAGUGGAGCAGAAGAUUGAUGACAGCUUGGCAGGAUUCGGGGGAGGAGACUGCUAACUUGACAAAGAAUCUAGUUUGAGUUCUGCUUGCGGCUUCUCAAAUCCCUUGCAUUUACUGCAGGUGUGAACACCUGGCUCAUAGUCUUACUCUCCAGCCUGGCUAUAGAUUUUUCACCCCAUCUAACUUAUUUCCCUCCUCGACAUCUUAUAUCCAUGAAUAUGUGCCUGAAGACUCUGACUAUGUGGUAGAUUGUAAUCCAUACCCUUCCUCCCCUGUACUCGCACCCACAAGUUUCUGCCAGUGUAGUCUUCGUUAACAGUUUUACUUAUUUUUCUAUAUCCUUUCCUUUAUAUGCACAUAUAUCUUUCUCUGUAUCAUUGUCUAAUACGUUCACCUGCCUGGUUAUUUGACUGGGGGACAGACAUUCUUAUUACUGAAUGAGGAAAAGCUACUGCACAAAUGAAACAAAAGCAAAGAAAAUACCCUGCUUGGCUUUUCUGGGCACGUGUAUGUUUACAAACAGUUGAUAUACAGUCAUAGGAGAGAGGAUGGAACACCCUCAUCAGGGACGAUCAAAUGUGUGUCCACAAGGGUGCCCAAAGUCAUAAUCCAGUUUUAAGCUUACUAAUUUUAGAAACAUAAAAAAUAAAACAAGUUUUUAAAAGUAAAA